CGGUAGUAAUAAAUUUAGAUAUGCGCUGGAUCGUGGCUGUCUUGGUGCUUGCUGUCGUGGCGGAGGCAGUGCUCACGCCUCCAAAACACGAUGCCGUGGCUGCUGUUCAAGGUUUGAUCUCCCGCCGUCUCGGUGCAUCCUACCUUCCUCAGUUUGAGUUUGGCGUGUUGGCCGCGUCCUCGACGGGUCUGGACGUCGCACAUGUAUCUUCGAAAGGUGGAAAGGUAUUCCUCGAAGGUUCCAGUGCCACUGCCAUGGCGUACGGGCUACAAGCGUACGCCACUACUCCCACUCCAUGAUAAUCAAUCUACUGCCGAUACCACCCCGUUCCUCAAACGUGUUGUCUUAUCUCUGCCGCUGGCAUAUUGUAGGUACUUGCGCCAGGUUGUCCACACAUCCACGGACUGGGAAGACCACGCCCUCCACCUCCCUCCGUCACUGCCGCUCCCGCCCGCACCCAUUCUCCUGCAGAAGCAGUCUCCAUACACGUACUACCAGAACGUGUGCACCGCCAGCUAUUCCCACUGGGCGUGGUCUUGGGAAAGAUGGGAAAAGCACCUCGACUGGAUGGCGUUGCAAGGCAUCAACAUGCCGCUAGCGUUCACAGGCCAAGAAAAGGUUUGGCAGGCGACGUUUGCCAAGUUUAACGUGACGUCGCUCGACGACUUUUUUGCUGGCGCGGCGUUUCUGGCGUGGGGUCGGAUGGGAAAUAUCCAGGGAAGUUGGGUGCGGGGACCGCUGCCGCAGUCGUUUAUCGACGCCCAGUUUGCAUUGCAGGGAAAAAUCCUCGCGAGAAUGCAAUCGUUUGGGAUGAUGCCCGCACUACCCGCGUUUGCAGGGCACAUUCCGACGUCGCUGGUGCCGUUGUAUCCCCACGCCAAAGUCGUACAGAGUGAUGCGUGGGCGGGAUUCCGCGCCCCGUACACCCAGGUGCAUCUCUUGGACCCCACCGACCCAUUGUUUGUCCGGAUUGGCGCUGCGUUCCUGCAAACGUACCAGGAUUUGUAUGGGUUCACGGCCCAUGUGUACCAGACCGACACGUACAACGAAAUGGACCCACGCGAGGCGUCGCCGGCGUAUCUAGGUGCAGCCUCCUCGGCGGUGCUCCGUAGUAUGCAGAUGGUGGACAAGGACGCGGUGUGGCUGAUGCAGGGCUGGUUGUUUUCGUUUUCUCGAUUUUGGACGUUGUCGCGCAUGGAGUCGUACUUGUCACGUCUCCCGUACGAGUCGCUAAUCGUGUUGGAUUUGUAUGCCGAAGUGUCCCCGCAAUGGGAAAAAUCCCAAGAGUUUUUCCACCACCAGUGGAUUUACUGCGUGUUGCACAACUUUGGCGGGAGUUUGGGCAUGCGUGGGGACCUCGACACGAUCGCGACGGGUCCGGUCGUGGCGAGGGAAAAAUCCCACUCGUUGGUCGGCGUGGGGCUGACGAUGGAGGGAAUUUUCCAAAACUACAUCGUGUACGACCUCGCAUUGUCCAUGGCGUGGGCAAACUCCCAAGUCAACGUCACCGAGUACGUUCGAUCGUUUGCCGUCGGUCGGUAUAUUUCCCAAUCUUCGACGACCCACCACUACUUGGAACGUGCGUGGAACGUUCUUGAAACGUCCGUCUACGCUGUCCGCCAUGCUUACGGCGGCGUCACCAAGGAUAUUGUGUGUCUGCGGCCUCGGUGGUACCUCAUUCAGGCCAGCUUUAUGCCCACAGAGCUUAGCCACGACUAUGAACGGGUGCUAGAGGCGUGGACACUGCUACUUCAAGCUGCAGCUUCGUCCCCAUCGUUACAAUAUGACGAUAGAUUCACACACGAUCUUGUGGAUGUCACUCGGCAAGCCAUGAGCGACGGACUCGUCCAGAUUUAUCAACAUAUUCAAAACAUGUUUGAACAACGACAAGUGCCUCUGUCCGAGCUGACGGCCAAAACCGCCGACCUUCUCGACCGCAUGACUGACCUGGACUUGUUGUUGAAUACGAAUCAAGACUUUAUGCUGGGCCCGUGGCUCCGUGACGCCCGAUCAUUGGCUGGAGAGGACGGCGAUGACGUGGCAGCGGCAUAUUUCGAGUACGAAGCGCGCAAUCAAAUCACUCGAUGGGGCGACAACAACAGAAACGCGCUGUCUGACUACGCCGGCAAAGAAUGGGGCGGGCUCGUGGGGUCGUACUAUAUACCUCGGUGGCGGCUCUGGGUGGCGGAAUUACUCCGGGCGUAUGCAGGCCAAGUCGAGAUGGACAUGGAAGGGUUGAAUGGUCAGAUUGAAGAGUUCGAGGUGACGUGGCAGCUGCUACGUGAUGCAUUCCCCACCACCGCCCAAGGAAGCGCAGUGACCGUGUCCAGACACUUGUAUAAGAAAUACACUCACUCGGAUGCUCCAGCAGUCAAAACAAGUCGACCAGAGCUCAGCUCCGUCCUCUGCUUGUUGGAAUGCUUGUGGUGA